AUGUUCCUGAAUGUAACAGAACCCACAUACACAUUGGAGGACCUGCAGCCAUUCACACUGUAUAAGUUCCGGAUUUGGGCCGUGAUUUCAGAGACGUACGUUGUUUCUCCAGAGAGCCAGUUUUACCGGACCGAGCCAUUUGGAGUUCCCACCAGUCCUGUGAUCGAGAGUGUGGAGAGUGACUCCGGAGUGUGUGUGGAUGUGAGCUGGUCUGCUCCAGAGAAUCCCAGAGGCUUCAUCGUGGGAUACAACCUCAACCUCACCUCCAGCACACACAGCCUCACCCUAAGCACUGCAGGAAAUGUCUUCUUUACUACAUUCUACCCAACACUUCAUAACACCACGUACAGAAUUUCCAUAGCUGCAGUGAACCGUGAGGGCCAGGGAGUGGCUGCUGAAGCGAAUGUGACCACGCCACCCUCACCGGAGCAAAAUGCUGUUCGCUGGAUUUAUGCAUCCAGGAUGAAUUCACUGCGGAAACAACAAGAGGAAGCGGAUUUGUUCACUGCAGCCAAGUGCCUCCCUGAUAAUCUGACAAAAGAGAACAUUACAGGAAUAGUCGUCCUUCCCAAUUCCGACCUCGUCUACUUCUCAGAGGGGACUCGGAUUUGGGAAAAAGGUGCAGGGAAUCUGACAAAUCUCUCCGACCUAAGACUUGUUUACUCCAGCAACUCUAAGGUCACAGCCCUGACUGUAGACUGGCUCUACAGAAAACUCUACUAUGUGUCCGAUGCCAAGGUCUGGUAUUGUAAACUAGAUGACUGCUCACAUCCAGCGGACUUUAACCUCACCUUAGACAGCGCUCCUACGAGAAUCAUCGCUGAUCCAUAUAACGGAUGGCUGUUCUUGCUUCUGCAUGACGGAAUACACCGCAUUGCUCUUCCUGAACAUUCUGACCACGCAGACAGCCUCUCUCUCAUAGUAAAGACAGAUGACCUGCAUGACUUUGUGGUCAGCUUUGCCAACAGGAGGCUGGUUUUCUAUGACAAAGGGAAGCGCAUACUGUCCACCACAUCUCUGGGCGGUUUGCUGCCAGUUUCUUUGUAUUCUGAAAUCAAACACGAUGUCCAGAGCUUAGCGUACGACGACGGCCUCCUCGUGCUGACAGAUGGACGUGCUGUGUACAGACAAACCGGAAACGGUCAAGUGGCCAUUUUUACAGAGUUCUCCAUGGACUGUGAUAUCUUUGAUUCCAACUACGGAGGAUUUGGAAACGUACGGUUUUUCGGCCCCGGCUCUCAGCCCUAUCCGGUCCCCAGGAAGCCGAUGGACCUGCAGGUUGUCUUCGGAUCUAAUAAAGCCAGUCUGCGCUGGAACAAACCGGAAAUUCAGAACGAAUCAAGUCUUUCAGCUUGGCAAAACUGGACGUACACUGUGGAGUGCUUACUGAAUGGAUCGGUAAUUAGUCAAAUUAGUCACGUUGGUGCUACACACACAACAGUGCCAGAUCUCCAGAGCUGUCAGCUUUAUGUUCUGAGUGUGUGGGCUGUUUCUCCUGGAGGAAGCUCACACUCAGUCACGUUUCACGGAACGACUCUGCGACCGGAGGAUGAUACACCAUAUAUUGCUGGUGCGGCAGCUUCUGAAGGCAUCUGGAGACAACAGCUGGAUAGUUUUGACUUCCUCGAUAUGCUGGCCCCUAGUGUCAAAGACGUGAAAGACAUGGACUGGUAUAACAACACAAUCUUUUGGACGAACAGUUCGGGCCACAUCAGCUGGACGGAUGUAUCUGAUGGCGUUUCUGCUCCAGAAGGGUUUCUAGUGCCGCAGAACAUGGAGGCUCAUGCCAUAGCCUUCGACUGGCUGGGACAAAGUUUAUACUGGAGUUGCAACACGAAUAUGAUAUGCCGAGGUCGUUUAUCUGGCCAGGAAGCUGAGAUAUUUUUUGAUGCAAAUCAAAAGAUCGAAAGCAUACUUCUAGAUUCACCGAACGCUUCUAUCUACUGGAGCACUGAAACCACUCUGGAGGUUUGCAGGUUUGACGGAGAGAGGCGCGACUUACUCGAAAAGCUGAGCGUCUUUUCAGGAAAGAAGAUCGCUGGAAUCACUGCAGAUUGGACUGAAGGCAGUCUGUACUGGCUGGUUGAGGAUGGAACUUUCUUACAUCUUUACAGAGCGCACAUCAGCAGCAAGAGAGUCUACCAUGUUCUUAAAUGGAGUUCAUCUACAGUAUUUAACCAGCAGUUGGCCUUCUACAGCGAGCGGCUUGUGUGGCUGGAUGAGGACAGCAAACUGAGAAUUCAAGAAUUAAACCAAACCAUGAGCGUCGUUAUGUCUCCGAGUAACACUCUAACAGCUUUCGCUCUUCUGCAGAGAACUUUAAAACCUCUUCCGGACGGUUUCGUCUCUGCCCCAAAUGUCAUCCCUCCUGCUGUCUCCAAAUCUUCUAUUCGCCUUAAAUGGGUCGAAUCGGCGUUAUUCAUCGUCUGGGAUCCGAGCAGCACUGAAUUCGGGACCGUGUUCUAUUGUGUAGAGCUAAAUUUACAGAAUAUAAAAGCAGAAAAGUUUUAUCCAGGAAGUCAUUGUCCACCGCCCAACAGGGUCUCUGAACCUUCAAAGCUAAUCACAGAGUUGAAGCAAAACAUCAAAAUUAACAUCACAAUCACUCCAUAUACAUACUGGGGUAGAGGUGUCUCGACAUUCCAGACUUUCCUCAUCUUAGAUGAAGAAAAUGCACUAGACGGCAAGUCGCCUUGCUCCACCAGGGUCGAGAGAUCAAUUCCCACCUCGGGUCUGUGUGCACAUAACAAUAAAAUUAUGGUUGGGUUUCCUUUGGAAGUUUACUUUAGAAGAAAAAAAAAGGCACUGGAGACGCAUGUGGAGACUGACAUAUCGGCUCAGGGCAGCAACAUGGAGGAAACGAGAGGGUUGGUGGGUUUGGCGAGCGCCUGCUACGCGGUCAAUUUAUUACCCGUUCACAAAGAGAUCAAGUCUCUUCCUAAAUUUCCUCGAGAGGGUCUGAAGCUACAGAGGCUGUUGGGCAGCGGAGCUUUCGGUGACGUUUACGAAGGAGUCACUGUCACACAGCAUGACACCAGUGGAACGGCCGAGACCAGAGUCGCCGUCAAGACACUACAUAAAGGAGCCAGUCAUGAGGAAAAAAUAGACUUUUUAAAAGAAGCCCAUUUGAUGAGCCAGUUUAACCACCCGAACAUCCUGCAUCUGCUGGGAGUGUGUGUGCUGACCGAACCCCAUUACCUAAUCCUGGAGCUGAUGGAAGGAGGAGAUCUGCGUUCUUACCUGAGAGAAGCUCGCGCCACUUCUAAAAACAAACAACUUUUGACCAAAACUGACCUCCUGGAUAUCAGUGUGGAUGUUGCCAAAGGCUGUGCUUAUUUAGAAAGGCUUCAUUUUGUUCACAGAGAUCUGGCUGCCAGGAACUGUCUUGUUUCAGGAAAAACCUAUACAGACCCUAAUCGAGUGGUUAAGAUUGGAGACUUUGGUUUGGCGAGGGACGUCUAUAAGAACGACUACUACAGGAAGAAGGGAGAGGGCCUGCUCCCUGUACGCUGGAUGCCACCGGAAAGCCUGACAGAUGGCGUUUUUAACAAGUAUUCUGAUGUAUGGGCAUUUGGAGUUCUUUUGUGGGAAAUUAUGACUUUCGGAAAGCAGCCAUAUCCGGCUUUUUCCAACCAGGAGGUUCUUCAUCAUGUCAGUGCAGGACGGCGGCUGACGGCACCUCCUGAGUGUUCACAAAACCUAUAUAACGUGAUGCAGUCCUGUUGGAGGAAGGAGCCCAGAGAUAGACCAAGCUUCCGCUCCCUUCAGUGGACUUUAGAGCGGUUAAGAGAGACUGAAGCAGUCAGUCAUGAUGGCUGUGUGAAUCCUGCUUAUCAAGAAGAUGAAGAGGAAGAGAUUUCCCAAGGUGUGGAUACAGAUGAGGGUCUGGGGUCAGGACUUCAAGUUAUAAGCAACGAAGGCCUAAACUACUUGAUGUACAGAGCCGAUGAGACAACAACCGCGACAAACAGCAUCAGCAGUCUGGCUGAUUCUUCAUCACCUACAGAAGACAGAUGAAAAGGGAAAGAUGGAAAUAGAUGGAAAACUAUGGAAUUGUAUUCAAUGAAUUUUGUAAAUAUAUGUAUAAUAGCAAAGUUUGUUUUUGGAUUUAUG